AUGCCAGCAGAAUUUGUGCAGUAUCCAACCACGCGAAUUAUUAUUGACUGUACAGAGUUAUUUGUUGAAGUGCCCACAUCUUUAUUAGCGCAAAGCCAGACGUGGUCUAAUUACAAACACCACAAUACAUUUAAGGCUCUGGUGGGUAUUUCUCCAAAUGGCGCAGUAACUUUCUUUUCUGAUUUGUACGGGGGUAGGAUAUCUGAUAAAGAAAUUACAAAGAAGUCUGGUCUGUGUGAGAUAUUGGAGUCUGGCGACAAUGUAAUGGCCGAUAGGGGAUUUGAAAUUAAAGGUAUUCUCCCUGCAGGGGUGGAUUUAAACAUUCCUCCAUUUAAAGGCACCAGAGCACAGCUGACUGCUAGGGAAGUCCAAGAUACCAUGGAUAUUGCAUCUGUGCGUAUUCAUGUAGAACGUGCUAUAGGCCGAAUUAAAAAUUAUCAUAUAUUGGAUGGGGUCAUCCCUUUAACUUUAGCCAAGGUCACUAACCAGAUUUUUACAGUUUGUUCAUAUCUCACAAAUUUUCAUUCACAACUUUUAGUGCCAAAAACAUGGAAAACUGUUUAA